CACGAAUUCUAAGACUUUUUUUUAUUAUUCUCAUAAUCGUUUCAGACAGCCAGAGGAACAAAAAUAUCAAUAAGCAAGAGCCGCUAUUGUCAAUCACCUCAAAAAAUAAGUGGAUAUUAUCCGCACGGCACGGGUCGAGACGCUCAGGAUGUGAACGCGCGGCCGAACCUGAACAGCGCAUCUCGGUUAUUUAUUUCUUUUCUAAUGUGUUUUGAAACAAUAGGGUUGCUUUGAUUCGGAUUUCCUCGGCAUUGUCUGCUUUUGUCAGCCAGGAUCGCGCAUUCCUCGCCUUGUGACCGCUCUGUCAUGACGGUGCGAGUUGUGAACGUGAAAAGCGACUAACGGAGACCCGACUCUAAAGAAGUGAACCUGUUACUGGAAGAAGACAAACAAAAAAGGGAAGAUGUUCAAUCAACAGCAACUCCAGCAGCACCUCCGGCAAAUUCAGCAGCUAUUCCAACAGCAACAACAACAGUCGCAGCCGUCGGCACCUCCACCGCCUCCACAACCGCCGGCGCCGCAGCAGCACCACCGUCCUCUGCAGCAUCACCACCAAGGCGGACGAGGUCUACAGCCACAACCUGCACCCCCACCCUCUCGUUUGCUGAACCUGUGUCCUGCCAGCCGGGCAGCUCUACUUACUGCUAAUCCAAUGCUACAGGGAGCUCUGCUGAUGCAGCAAAUGCAAGGAAAUCUAAGAGGUUUUGCAAUGAGUCCCCAGCAGUUCUUUCCACCAGGAGCUCGACCUUCCUUGCUGGGUCCAGCACCCAUGGGGGUUGCUCUGAAAACUCCACGGAUGCCCUUCUCCAAUCGGCCGUACCUUCCACAAAGUAGAACUUUCAAUAAGGACUUUGUCAGGGUACCAGACAGAAAGAGAGAAAUGGAACAGAGACCUUCAGCAAGUAUUGGUGAUGUCCAAAAGGAGCUUUCUGCGAUGAAUGAAGUGAUCAAGAAAAAUUCAAGUAGAGGUAUUGUUUCAAUGCUGUUGGUAAAUAGGACUAUAAAUACAGUAUACUGUGUUUUUCUAGCAUUUAAGGAAUAUUUUUAUGAUGCUAUAAAUCCAGAAUGCCAGACUGAAUGUUCAGAGGGAUCCCAGGAUGAACCAGCACCAAAGAAGCAGAAGCAGGAAAGCUCUGAAGACCAGACGGCAGAAGAAAUUGACUGUGAUGAGCAAAAAAAUCAGUAUGCAAGCAGUAAGACAUCCAGAAGUAAUGAACAAGGCGAGUCAACAGAGUGUACAGCUACUGAAGAGGCAAGUAGCAUGGAUGGUGCAGAGGCCUCAGAUUUUGCUGAAGAGAGCAGAGCAUCUGAGGUUCUGAGUGCAGGAGGAUCACUCAAAGUGACAAUUCAGCAGAGCAGUGAAAGCCGGGCCAUCAGCACAAGUACAUUAGAGGGGGCAACCAGAAAUAAUGAAAAGACAUCUUGUGACACAGACUCUGAAUUACCAUCUAAAUUCUACUGUUACAUCUGUAACAUUACUUGUUAUAAUCAGCAGAAUUUUCAAACCCAUAUGAAUGGCCUUGCUCACCAGCAGCGUAUGAUGGAGAUCCAACACAUGAGCAAUGCCUGCCUUGUCACCCUGCUGCCAAAGGUUAAAGAGUCCCUGCAAGGACAAAGCCAGGUGCGACGAGACGGAGAAAAGAGACAAACCAUUCAACGAUGGUGCAGUACCUGUCAGAUUUAUUUCACUGGUGAUAUAAUUGAGCAUCGUCGAACAAAAGAACACAAGUUGUCCAAGCAUUCCUCACGGCCAUUCUGUACUGUCUGCAAGCGACAUGUCAGAACACCACGCAAGUUUGUUGAGCAUAUGAAAUCUGCAGAACAUAAGCAGCGGGUUUUGGAGUUGAGAACUGACUCUCAUGGCAUCCCAGAAAACCCAGAAGAUCUGAUUACUGUUGAUGCAAUUGGGUGUUUUGAAGGAGAGGAGUAUUGUGAAGAGGAUCCAAGUGAAGAGGAAGAUGAUGAUGAAACCUUUGAAACAGAAACUCAACAGGGAAGUACCCCAGUGCCGAAGGAAGUAACACUUGAAGAUAUGAAUGAAAAUACUCAGUACAAUUCGGAGACACAAUAUGGGUCCAGCUUUGUGAUUCCCGUUGCUGGCUUCCUCUGCAGACUUUGCCACAAGUUCUACCAUUUUGAGUCAGCUGCUAGAGUGUCACACUGCAAGUCUCUUGCACACUUUGAAAAUUUGCAGAAAUACAGAUCUUCGAGGCAACGGGAAGAGCCUACAAAUAAGGACCCGGUCACCAGGCUUGGGAAGCCACAUGAAUGCUACUGUGAGGAAGCCGACAGUAAACAGCAGUCAGUGCUUGCCGGUCCAGAAACUGACAUUAGUCAAAACAAAGAAGUGCAAGACUGUGAUGGGGUGAAUUCAGACAAUAUAGUGUUAACUAGAGCAGAAUCGAAACUCCUGGACCAUACAAAUGCUAUCCCUAACGACUUGAACAAACAAAGUGGUGACAACAAGGCCACAACCCCAGGCAACCAUGUGAAAAAUCCAAAAGAUGAUGUUUUGGAUUUACAAAAUGUAGCUACUUUGUCCUCUCCCACAGAGGGAAGGACUGACGCAGAAUGCUGCUCAACAGAAAAAGUGAAAGAAGAUCAGAAAGAAACAGACUGUGGGGCCCAACAGUGUACUGACAGUCCAGUGGCUAAAAGGCCAAUAGAGGAGAAUGCAAAUAAAGACUGUACUGUGGCCAAAGAGAUGGCCACUGCUCAGCUGGAUGCACCUGCAAGCAUUGAAAGUAAGGAAGCAACCGAGUCUCUCGAACCAUUGAGUGAAAACAAAGAAGCUGAAGAUGAGAAAGAAACGGUGACAGCCGGGCGGUCCCGUGGUGCCGUUCACCCUGCUCAGAGGAAACGAUCAGCGUGGACGGCUAGGAAAACACGCUGAUGUCUGUUUCCGGAAAGAAGAGUGACAAAAAAGACUUUUGGCAAAAUGUAGAUAGAACCAUUUUUUUUUUUUUAAACCUUUUAUUCAUCCCCACCCCAUCCUCAAGUGGUUGAUCUCUUUUCUUAGAUAUCAGGCUGUAGAUUUGCACACAGCUCAUUAAGCCACCAUUUUCUCCUUUGACAUCCACAGGGAUGCCAUGUGCAUUGAACUGCCGACUAUAGUGUCAAUAGUUUGAUCUUUUUUGAGGAUUGUUUUCUCCGUGGCCAGUUUUGAAAAACUGGAUUAGAUUAUUAUAGUGGGAACUGGCACUGUGGCACAUAUCUCAAUAGAACACUUACCUUUUAUCAUGUCAACUGCUGGCCAGUAGAAAAGUGAUGAAGUGAACUUUGAAAAGCUCCAUUUUUAUUUGGGGGGGGGGGUGAGGAUUAGAUGAUGUAAGGAUUCCCCCCCCCAUCCAUUGUUUUUUUUUUUUUUUAAAAAAAGAAGAAAAUCACACACUUGUAUGCAUUUAGCUCCAUUGCAGGUGAUUGGCGAAUGCUAAUAUGUCAUAAGGACAUUAGGUGUGUGAGGAAAAUGAAUUCCAGCAGCCAUUUGAAGGACCCCAUCAUUGUUGACCUGCCGCCCUUCUUAGUAGAUGCUACAGUAUGUGAUUGUUAAGCCAUUUUGUGACUUUUCCAAAACCUCUAAAGGCUUUGUUGAAGGAUGCUGGUUUAAAAAGAAAAAGAAGAAAAAAAAAAGUCACGGUUACGGUUUAAUGUAAAAUGUAUUUCUUAGUUACUAGUGCUACGAACUAGGUACAGACUAGUAACCGUAUACAUAGACUGUUGUCUGAAUGCGUUUCAAGAAUACUAGUUAGCGUGACCAGAAACAUUUUUAUUUAAUGAAUUAAAUAUUUUUUACCAUCUCAUCAAGGUACAAGUCUGAUGGGGUGGAAAAAUACCUUCAUAGAUUAGUAGGUAAUUAAUGGUUGCAUACUUAGUAUGCAAUGAAGUUGACCGAGACACAGACAGUUUAGGACCUUCUGGCACAGUGCAGUUCAGAUAAAUGGAGGAGGCGGAGUGACUGUUAGGUUCCAGGAUGCUAGACUAGUUAACUGUACAUGUGACUCAGAAACGGUGUGUGUGUGUAUGUGUGUAAUGUGUUGCUUGAGGGUUAGCAGGAAAGCCCCCGCAACCCAAGCACACUUGAUUGGUCUCGACGUCUCCUAAGCAUAACUCAGCAUGUUACUAAAGCAGGAUAUAUAUAUGUUCUGUUUGUAUAGGGUUGACCGUAAAGGCCCAUGCUGAAUACACUUGGUUAGUCGAUACUCAGAAACGUCUGCUCAUUUUGAAUUUUAUCAGUCAACCUAAUGUGUACUUCUUACAGGUUAACCUCCUUAGCGUUAUGUUUUUGCCCAGAAAAACAAGGCGAAAAUGUUGAAUUUUUUUUUCAAUACGAAAAUAUGUGUGACGGAAACAUUUAAAUAUCAACAUAAAAACCGUAAGAAAGGUCUGUCGAGUGUCCUUUGCUGUACUAAUGCAGAUUCCGUACACGUCCUUCGCGGGAACUGUUUUGAAAAACAGUCGCCAACACACAGCCCGACAUCUCAAUCGGGACAGUACAAGCGUCCGUCUUUGCAACCUUUUUUUUUUUUUUUUCGCUUGCUUGUGCAUGAGAAGGUAGUAUGUCAGUGUCUGAUCUGCACGCCCGCCUAUUGUGUUAUUGCAGGCUUCCACAUUGACACUUUUGCUGCAUUGUGAAAAGUGUAUAGGGUGCUAAUGUUUUUUCUACUUUACCACACACCUACUUUGCACCACUGUGAACUUUCAGGCAACCAAAGUCCACCAGGCAUAUCACGGAGGUUCGGUCGUACAAUGCCACUCUUGUUAACAUCUGAUGACCACUUCACAUUAUUGUCACCACUUUCACUUGAUUCAGCUAAUGCUUCAGCUUCAGUUUGUUCUAAAACUGGCUUUACAGCUUCUCGUUUACAUGCCAUUGUGUUUUAUUUGAACGCUGAGCCCCCAUAUUGAUUGACUGAUCUUUGACUGGCAGAACACAGAGAUAUUUAUGAUUUCUUUGCUGCGUAAUGUUAUUUAAUCCACUAGAUGGCAGCAGAAUACUUCCCACGACUGUUAAAACUGUAAAUCAGAUCAUUGCGUGUCAGCCCAAACCCUGACUUGGGUUUAACCGUAAUUACAUAGAAUUCAGAUCAUUGCUCACAUUUGAGUUAAACGCCAAGGAGGUUAAUAAAGAGUCGCACUGGGACAAUCCUCCAGGUGCCCUCUCCAUUGCAGCCAGCAAACGGAACAUUCCGGUGAGUGAGUGGCAGAACAUUUUUAACAGAAAAGCUUGUCAUGCAUUUCUGACGUCUGAAGGCCACCUUAGGUCUGAAACUGCAGUUGGGCCUCUUAAACAAGCAAGCUGAGUUUUAGGUGUCGAUUUGGCCACUAACUUCCUAAUUUGGGCAGAUUGAGUGCUGUAUCAAUUACGGUUUAGAAUUUAGCUUGACAAUAUGGUAACAUUGCCAGAGAUCGCUGGAGGAGUGAUGAUUUUCCUGUCCUCCAGCAAACAGAACCUUUUAAAAGUAUAUUUUCUGAAUUCCUAGUUUGUUUUUUAAAGAUAGCGAGAAUAUACCUAAUUGUAUUACCUGUCAGAUACUUGAAAUCCUUGAAAGGAAUCGGCUGACCGUUGAAGAUCUACUCUGUUUGAUUGUCGGUUUGCAAAACUUGAAUUAUCAGGUGGAUUUGCUGAAUUCGAUUUAAAACAAAAAAGCAAACAGUACUGACUGCAUUGCAUAGACGAACAGCUGUUAGCGUUUCACAUCAUAGACUUGGAUAACACAGAGUUCAUUAAACAGUAUGUUGUGUUUGAAAUGCU